AUGGAGCCGGGAGAAAGGAAGAGGCUCUCGCCCGCUUCGCUGGAAGGAGACCCGAGAGAAGAGAACAAAUUAAAACAAGGAAUUUCCCAAGACUUGACUUCUUCCCCCAAAUUAGACAGAUACAAAAUAGCAAGACAAUUAACAGAAAAGGCCAUCAAGGAAAAGAAGAUUUUCUCCAUCUAUGGGCACUACCCAGUGAUACGGGCCACCCUUCGAAGAAAGGGCUGGGUGGAGAAGAAGUUCCACUUUCUGCCCAAGGUCGUCCCAAAUGCAGACAAUGACAGCGCGGGGGUGCCUGAACAUAAAUGUGCUGAAGGCAAAGAAAACCAAGAAGAGGCUUUGGAGAAGACAGAUGACAUCCAUGAUGUGAUGUCCAGGUUGGUAAAAAACGAAAUGCCGUACUUCCUCUGGACUAUCAAAAGGGACGUCAUUGACUAUCACAGCCUGAGCGGUGACCAGAUGCUGAAUCACUACGGGAAGACAGCUUCCUUCACCACCAAGAUCGGGCUGUGUGUGAACAUGAGGAGCCUGCCAUGGUAUGUCCAAGCCAACCCUGACUCCUUCUUCCCGCGCUGUUACUGCCUCUGCACUGAGAGCGAGAAGCAGGAGUUCCUGGACGACUUCCGGCGCACAGUGGCCUCCAGCAUCCUCAAGUGGGUGGUGAGCCAGCAGAACUACAGCGGAGGCAAACCCAGCAUCAAGGGGGAGGCCUGCGAGCCGGGCUCCGGCAGCAAGAAAGCUUCCGAGAAUGCCAAGUCCAAGCUCACGGGCCUCUCGGGACAGCUCGUGGACACCGCGUGCAAGGUGUGCCAGGCCUACCUGGGGCAGCUGGAGCAUGAGGACAUCGACGUCUCUGAGGACACCACCAAGGACCUCACGGAGGACGAGUGGAAGGACCUGACAGAGCAGUACUACUCCCUCCUUCAUGGUGAGGCGUUCAUCUCCGAUUCGAGAAAUCACUUUUCGCAGUGCCAGGCUCUGCUGAAUAAAAUCACGUCUGUGAACCCUCAGACGGAGAUCGACGGGCUUCGGAACAUCUGGAUCAUAAAGCCGGCGGCCAAGUCCCGCGGCCGAGGCAUCGUGUGCAUGAACCGAGUGGAGGAGAUCCUGGAGCUGGUCGCUGCAGACGACCUCUCUGCCAAGGACAACAAGUGGGUGGUGCAGAAGUACAUCGAGACCCCACUGCUCAUCUAUGACACCAAGUUCGACAUCAGGCAGUGGUUCCUGGUCACUGACUGGAACCCCCUGACCAUCUGGUUCUACAAGGAGAGCUACCUGCGGUUUUCCACGCAGCGCUUCUCCCUGGAGAAUCUGGACAGCGCCAUCCACUUAUGCAACAACUCCAUCCAGAAGCACCUGAAGAACGACAAGGGCCGCAGCCCCCUGCUGCCCUACCACAACAUGUGGACCAGCACCAGGUUCCGGGAGUACCUGCAGAAGAGGGGCCGCAGGGCCAUGUGGGCCAGCGUCAUCUACCCCGCCAUGAAGCGGGCCAUCGCCAACACCAUGAGGGUGGCCCAGGACCACGUGGAACCGCGCAAGAACAGCUUCGAGCUGUACGGGGCCGACUUCAUCCUGGGGCGCGACUUCCAGCCCUGGCUGAUCGAGAUCAACUCCAGCCCCACCAUGCACGCGUCCACGCCCGUCACGGCCCAGCUGUGCGCCCAGGUGCAGGAGGACACCAUCAAGGUGGUCGUGGACCGCAAGAUCGACCGCAACUGCGACAUCGGCAAUUUCGAGCUGCUGUGGAGACAGCCUUCUGUGGAGCUGCCACCCUUCCACGGGUCCGACCUUUGCGUGGAAGGCGUUAGCGUGAGGAGAGCCAAGAAGCAGAUGCCGCCCAUUUCCAACGUGAAUUUUUCAUCUUCCCUCUUGGACACUCAGCCCCUAAAAGGGAGGUGCCCCUCGGCCAUGCCAAACCAGCCUCUAGGGCCUCCACACUCGGCUCUCCAGCAAGACUCGAAACUGAAAGAUGCAAAGGUACUUCCUUGCACCUUGCCUGUGCCCCUCAGGAGGUCGGCUGAGACAGGCUGUAAAGUGCAGUCCGCCAACGCCGAGUCUGGCGGGAAGAUAGAGUUCCCCACUUGUAAUUUUCAACACAUAGACAGUAAGGCCCCGAAAACUGGUCUGACCAAAGCCGAGUCCAACAAACACUGGGAUCCAAACAUGCUGAAUGAGCACCCACUGCCGUCCGUGCUUCCGAGCGUGAAGACAGUAGAGGGCGCUCUGUUUCAGCCACCCAAACCACCAGGUGCCAGCGAUCCCUGGGCUCUUGCCUUCAGUUUUCUGAAUUUCCUGGUGGAGCUGACCGUGCGUGGCCUGGGAGCCUGA